UAGACUUCAUAUCAAGCUGUGAUAGGCCAUCCUUGUGGUAAUCUAAGGUCAUGCAGUUUGAGGUCAUCCUGUCUUAUUUGUUCUAUGAUUCUUCUCCAACCUCAGCUCUUACUUAUAUGGCAGGAGUGGGGUGUAGUGUCUAGCCCUAAGAGAUCAGGAGGUUUCUAUGAAAUCUACUUGGAAUUUUUUGCUGAAGGCAGGGAGAACAGAUGCAAGGGAAGAGGGCUGUCAGAGAACAGGGAGUAGGGUGAGGAGAAGGCUGACAGAGAGAAGAUGAAGGCAGAGGUGAGGGUUUGCUGAGAAAGUUAAGCUGUCUGAGCAGAAAGGGGCCUCCAAGUUCCAUUUGUCCAACACCCCGGUUUUACAAAUGAGGAAACAGAGGCUCAGAGAAGUGUGAUGACUUGCCCAACAUCACACUGCUACUUUGUGGCAGACCUGCAGCUAGAGCCCAGAUCAAAAGAGAAAGAGACUGGAGGGGAAUGUGUAUUCAAGGCUUGAAAAAGAAAUUCCCCAGAAGAGGAGGAAAGAGACUGAGAUCCCACAGAAAGAACUGGUGAUGUAGACCACCAUGAAAGGUCUGGGGUAUGAAGAUAGAGGAGCAGGAUGAGAAGGUGCCUGGAAAGUGAUAUAGGCUGGUAGACUCAGUCAAUAGAGGUUCCAGACCUGACUCUGCUAUUUACCAGCUUGAGUCUCAAUUUCUGAAUGGACCUUAUAGGAUCUUUGUGAAAGUCAGUCUCAUAAAUGAAUACUUGUAACACAGUUCUUGACCAAUACUCAAUAAGUCUUUGUUACAGUUGUUGUAUUACCUUAGGAGAGGAAAGAUCCCUGGCUGUGGAAUGGGGUAUGGCCAAGAUGACCCUUUGGGGAUAUAGGACAGAGGUCCAGUGACUCCAGAGACCAUUUCUCCCUCUGCUGCUUGCAGCUGAUAAACUUCUUAUCUGGCCAAGGCAGGGGAGUCCAGGGCCAGGAUAGGAGGAGAGGGCAGGGCUGCUAUCAGCCAGCAGGCCUGGGCCAUAUCUCAGAGAAGGGGAGGGACUGUCUGCUUGGCUCUUCCCACAACACACUCCUGGGGGAUCCUCAAGCACUCACUCUCAUCUUGGGAAGAAAAGACAGAGAUCCUAAAACUGAGAACAGGGGAGGAAAGCAGGCAUGAUCUCUGAUGUUGCCCCAGAAAAUGGGGGGAAAACCCCCAGAAGAUGUGGUUUCUGCCCCAGCCAGUGAUACAAUUUUGGGGAGAAAGAAGUAGGGAAAAGAGAAGGCAUCUUGUCUGAAAAAAAGGUAAAGGCCUAAUGUGCUCCCAAAGGAACUGAGUACAGCCAUAGCAGGUUGCUGGGGCCAUUUGGGCUUUGGGGGACCCUGGACCAGGCCCUGGCCCUGGCCCAGUAGGAUGCCCCCGUGUCCUCCUCAGCAGAGCAGGAAUAGGGUGACACAGCUGCCCACCCCGGAGCUGGGCGAGAUGGAACUGACUUGGCAAGAGAUCAUGUCCAUCACUGAGCUGCAGGGCCUAAAUGCUCCAAGUGAACCAUCGUUUGAGCCCUCAGCCCCAGCCCCGUACCCUGGACCCCUGCCACCUCCAACUUAUUGUCCCUGCUCAAUCCAUCCAGAUGCUGGUUUCUCCCUUCCUCCACCACCUUAUGAGCUACCAGUAACCUCAGCUCAUGUCCCAGACUCUCCAUACUCUUAUGGUAACAUUGCCAUACCAGUCUCCAAGCCACUGACCCUCUCAGGUCUCCUCAGUGAGCCCCUCCCAGACCCCUUAGCUCUCCUGGAUAUUGGGCUACCAGCCGGGCCACCCAAGCCCCAAGAAGACCCAGAAUCCGACUCAGGAUUAUCCCUCAACUAUAGUGAUGCUGAAUCUCUUGAGCUGGAGGGGACAGAGGCUGGUCGGCGGCGCAGCGAGUAUAUAGAGAUGUACCCGGUGGAGUACCCCUACUCGCUAAUGCCUAACUCCUUGGCCCACCCCAACUAUGCCUUGCCACCUGCUGAGACCCCCUUAGCCUUACAGCCCUCCUCAGGCCCUGUGCGGUCCAAGCCCACUGUACGGGGAGAGGCAGGGAGUCGGGAUGAGCGUCGGGCCCUGGCCAUGAAGAUCCCCUUCCCCACGGACAAGAUUGUCAACUUGCCAGUAGAUGACUUUAACGAGCUGUUGGCACGGUACCCGCUAACAGAAAGUCAGCUGGCACUAGUCCGGGACAUUCGACGUAGGGGCAAGAACAAGGUGGCUGCCCAGAACUGUCGCAAGAGGAAGCUGGAGACAAUCGUGCAGCUGGAGCGGGAACUGGAGAGACUCAGCAGCGAGCGGGAGCGGCUACUCAGGGCCCGAGGGGAGGCCGACCGGACCCUAGAGGUGAUGCGCCAACAGCUGACUGAGCUGUACUGUGACAUUUUCCAGCACCUGCGCGAUGAAGCUGGCAACAGCUACUCUCCUGAAGAGUAUGUGUUGCAACAGGCUGCUGAUGGGGCCAUAUUCCUGGUGCCCAGGGGGACCAAGAUUGAGACCACAGACUGAGCGGACCCAGCAGGGUGGUCCUGGUGACGAUUUUCUUCAUUCCCUUUUGAUAAAGAUGCUCCUGGACCCUGAGGCCCCUAAGGGGACUACAAUGAAAAACCUGACAUUUGUUGGGUCAAGGUGUGUUUAACGAGGCUUGCCUUGAGGCAAAUAAAUGAGGGAAGGCUGGAAUCUGAUUCAGCUUCCCAGGUCUCCAAUCUCCACAUUUUGUUUGAGCUUUAGUAUAUAAAGCCCUCCACAUAAAAAGCCUUCCGUUGUGUCUUCCUUCUAUUAGUGUGUAUACAAACAUACACUUUUCUUGACAUAAUUUUCUUGAAACAGUAAUUUUCAGAUGCCACAUCAAAGUUCAAACUUCCUUGAUACCACAUUUCCAUUAUUUUUGAAGUUGUGUGGUUCCCAAUCUUCUCUGGAACUACAUUACACAAACUAUUUGGGGUAUUUUGCUUCUAUGUGUAUGUAUACUUCUAUUCGACUUUACCAGCGCCAUUCCAAUAGGGAAACUUUACUUCCAGGUUCAGUUAACACACUACAGUUGACAAAAACAAUGUAGAGAUGUGGAAUCUGCAUACCUAUACAUUUUUGAAAAACAUGGUUUCUUGCUCAGGCUUAG